CAAUUUCUAUUUUUCAUUUGAUAAAACUAGAUCCUGGUUUUUCGUCUGAUCCCUCGCUGACGCUCACUCCCUCUAUUUUGAUCUCUUAUUUUCCGCGGAAGUGAAGAGCGAGAAACAGAGAUGCAUCGAUCGGCGAGCACACCCCGAGUCUCGGACGACUACUCAAAAUACCAUUCGUCGCCGCCGUCCUCCUCCUCCUCGUCGUCGUCGAAGGCGUCGGCGGCUCUGAGAGCGCUGUCGUUGGAGGCCGAUGAGCUGCCCGUGUUGGAACCAAUGUCGGAGGUUUAUAAGAAAGAGAAGUCCCGCAUUAAGUUCGGAGAGACUGUUGUUCACAUCAUACCUUUCGUCCUGCUUUUUUGUGCCCUCGUUCUCUGGUUCUUUUCCAAUCCCGAUGUACCAAUCAGAGGGGAUUCAGUUGCUGCAAGACUUGAAGGGUUGACACUUGAAGGCGAACUUGACACCGACAGUUCUCAAACAGGCGUUUUGGCAGGCAUAGACUUGGGGGAUUUGGAUCCAGCUAGACAUGCAAUGUGAUCAUAAACGUUACAAAGCCUCCUCAAACUCUAAGAAAUCCUCUUGAGUUUCCCCAUAGCUUCAUUGAUUCAUUGUUGACAAGAUUUUACAAUUUGUACGUGCGCACCAAGCAGACACGUCUAUCUCACAUUUUGGAGAGUCUCGAAGUCCGCCCCAAAACACUGCGUGACUUCUGCUUUGUGAGAAGGGUAUGUCUAGAUCAGCGCCUGAUGGAUGUCUUUGUUUUUUGGCUACCAUUCUUGGCAAAGAUGUUUUAGUUUUCCAGUUAGUCUCCUAAAUUUUGUAUUGAUUGGUUUUCUGUUUGUGUUUUUUAACUUUGAUUUUGAUGACAUCAGUGAAUCCGGCCAAUGUUCAGCCAUGAAAAUGUCACCAGAAUC